GUCGCGGGGAAAGACUGCGCGCGCGCCGUUCACAGACUCAGCAAGCGCGACAUAAUCUUUGCCCGAAUUACGCGCGAAAUAAUGACAGUAUCAUCUGUUUUAUUUAUGUCAAUAAUUCUAAUAACUUUGUCAUAAAUUAAAUUCAUGCGAGGACAGUGUAAAGAGAUUUAAUAAUGAAGCGAAAAUGUUUAUGAAGCCGGACGUUUUAAGAUGUGUCGUAAUUUUAUUGAUUGUGUGUUUUGUUUGUACUGAAGGAAAUAAAUCAAGGAGAAUAAUUCGAUACAGUGAUGCAUUUAAAAAUAAUUUAAGUCAAACAUUUGAUAAUCGCACGAGUAAGGAGAGUGUAGGAAGGGGAUUUUUUUCACACGGUGGUCUCUUCUCCCUGGGCAAGGUGUUGAACUUCUUCCCGGUGGGCGGCGAGCGCGAGUGCCGGCCGGAGGGGCAGACACUUGCCCGCGCGGGCAUCUGCCUCAACCCGUACGAUUGCCGGCAGCGCGACGGCAAAGCGGCCGGCGACUGUGCGCACGGGCUUGGCGUCUGUUGCGUUUUCGAGGUGACGUGUGGGGGCGUGGUGCAGAAUAACCUGACGUACUUCAUGUCCCCCGGCUUCCCGGACCUGUGGCACGGGGACCAGGACUGUGACGUCACCGUGGAGAAGACACACGCCGGCAUCAUGCAGCUCAGGAUUGACUUCGUACAUUUUACAAUAGGUCAGCCGAAUAGAACAACAGGCGAAUGUGACGAGGACGCGUUAAUAAUUGGCGAAGGAGCUACCAAUUUUACAGUGUGUGGACAAAACCAUGGACAGCAUCUGUACUACAACCUGCCAUCCGGCAGUGUCAGUCGGGAAGCAGACGAGUUGCCGACAACGAUGUCAACGCGGAUCCGGGUGCGGGCUCAUGGGGCCGACACGCCGCGGCUUUGGCUGUUGCGACUGGCGCAGUUGCCGCUCGCUCACUCGGCACCACACGGCUGUCUGCAGCACUACACCGACAACAAUGGAACGAUAAAGACGUUCAACUACGCAGUGAACGGCCGCCACCUCGCGUCACAUGACUACAAAGCGUGUAUCAGGAGGAACACGGGCUUCUGCGCCAUUCGCUACUCUCCUUGUGACCCGCGCUCCUUCAGGAUUGGACCCUCCUCUGACGCACCUCUUAUGAACCCCACUGACAGUCCGCAGAUGGGUGAGAUGAUGCCGGCUGACCAAACUCAGGAUGACACCAUCGAGGGUUCUGGCGCCGAGCCGGGGACUGAUGGAGCUGUUGCCACGCCCGCGCCCGCACCCAGCCUGGCGUCCAGGAUCUGGAGGUUUAUGUGGCCGUCUUGGCUGUGGGGUCAGAGGCGGGCUCGGUCUGCUGCGUGGUCUCCGGCGCGGUCUCGGCGGUCUCGGAGCUGGUCCCGGUGGUCUCCGUACGUGCAGCACCUGGGUGUUGCGGACAAGCUGCGGUACUACGGGUACGGGUACUUCGGGUCGGGUGUGGUGGGUCACGGCCGGCUGCGCUGCGCUGACAGGGUCACCAUACCUUGUGAGAGCGAAUACUUCGUUGCAUCAUCAGUGAUGUCGCCGGGCGUGUGUGACCCCCACCACUGCGGCAGCUCGUUCUGUGCGGCGGGCCGUAGUGACUGCCGCGUGGACAGCUCUAUCAGCCCCUUCACCGUGUCGGUACAUUUCGGCCCGCCGACGCACAAGAGAGACCCGGACGAGAACAUCGGCGCGUGUCUCAGGUACUCACAGCUGCCUUGUGAUACAUAGAUCAUUGUAUACAUUUAUAGUGUUCAUUCCCUUUAACACAUUCACUGCCAC